CUUGGUUUCCGCUGCUACAUGUAAACAAAGCGCAGUUAGCUUCGGAGGAUCCGGGGAAGAGGACUGGGCUGGAAUCAGAACCCAAACCGAAUCAGUGGAUCCGGACCUGAAGUUCCAAGGGAUGGAUUAAACCAGAACCGCCAUCAUGUCCAUGGAGGACCCGUUCUUCGUCGUUAAAGGGGAGGUGGAGAAGGCGGUGCAUGCCGCCCAGAGCCUCCAUCACCGCUGGAGCGAGCUCCUGCAGGAAGGGGGCGGAGCCUCUAAGGAGGAGGUGGACUGGACGACCAAUGAGCUGCGGAACAGCCUCCGCUCCAUUGAGUGGGACCUGGAGGACCUAGACGAGACCAUCAGCAUCGUGGAGUCCAACCCGAAGAAGUUCAACCUGGAUGCUGCCGAGCUGACAAAGAGGAAGGCCUUCAUCAUCUCCACGCGUCGCACCGUGAAGGAGAUGAAGGAACAGAUGUCAAGUCCUGCCGCUGGUUCCGACAGACACACCAAGCCGGUUCUGCUGGGUGAAACUCGGGGUCCCAUCUGGCAGCCCGGUUCUGAUAAAUACACUCCGCUGGACCGCCAGCUGCAGAACGCCAACUCCCAGUUCAUUGGCGAGCAGCAGAUGCAGCAGCAGCUGAUCGCAGAGAAACAGGAUGAACAGCUGGAGCUGGUGUCCGGAACCAUCGGCGUUCUGAAGAACAUGUCGGAGCGGAUCGGCAUGGAGCUGGACGAACAGGCCGUGAUGCUGGAUGACUUUGGACAUGAGAUGGACCACACUCAGUCCCGCCUGGACAACGUGAUGAAGAAACUGGCUAAAGUCUCACAUAUGACCAGCGAUCGCCGUCAGUGGUGUGCGAUUGGUGUGCUGCUCCUGAUCCUGCUGGUUGUCAUCAUCCUCUUCUUCAUCCUCUGACUGAAGCGCCGCAUCGACCCAAACGUCUCAUCUCAGUGUUCUGGACCUCAUAUGGACUGUAGUGUUCUGAACAUGACCCGUCUGAUCUCAACUCUUCCUGCUGCGAUUUGCUCUUUUGUUUUUGUUGUUUGGAUGUUUUUAUUUAAUACUCUGAAAGUAACUAAAAUAACUCUAAAAAUAACCAAUGUAACCAGUUUAACCAUUAUAACAGGUCAUUAUGGUCCUGAUGAGUUCAGUAGCAGAAAAUAGAUCAGCUGUUUUCAGUGUGAAACGGCUGACCUGUUUGGGCUUCUUUCUCUUCAGAACCUGCUUCCUGCUCUAAUCUGAUUGGUCUAAUAGUUCCUGACUGUGGCCCUCAGGGGCCACCGUCUUGCAGCCUGUAGACCCGAUCUGUUCUGAGCCCAAACGUCUGUUUCAUUUCCUGCUGGGUCACCAGUUUAAACUGGUAAAGCUCAGGUUACACUAAUGUUUUAGCUCUAACUGGUUAAUAAGGUGAAACUGGUUUAGAAAAACACUAAAUUAUGUUUUAAUGUUUUUGUUGACUGAAAACCUUUUCUGUUUUAUUUUAUUUUCUGUUUAUUUGAACAUUGUUGACCUGUGACCUCAUACAUGAUUUCAGUUAUUUAAGGUUGCUCAAACACACUUCAUGCUGCUCCUUCACAAUAAAAGCCACUCCCACAGUUAAGACUGCGUUUGUGUCAUGACUCUGAUUACCCACAUGUCUCCAGGAUAAAUGUGGACUAGUUAUAGAGCCACUUCAGCUCAGACUCCACUCAACUGAAGAUUUUAAAGGACCAUCUGACAUCGGACCAUCAAAGGACCAUCUGACUCUUAUUGUGAAGGAGUAACAGAAGUGUGAGCAGUUGAAUGAUGUGAUUUUUUCCAAGUAAUGAAACAUUUCAUUUCUGACUGUUCAUCUUAAUUAAAGGU